CAUUGUGAAACUACUAAAUUUCUCAAAGUUCUAGAAAAUAUAGAUAGAAAAUCAUAUUUCCAUCUAGUUCUAAUCUUUUUUGCUAAAUAUUUCAUUCAAUAAUAAAUAAUGUAGUGGAUUCAAUUAUUUUUACAGAUGCAUUAUUUUCAACGAGGCAUUUAAUAACAAAAAUGUUUUAUUACAUUUUUUAAACAAUGAAAAUAAUUACAUAUGCGUACAUACGAUAAAACGAGUAUGUAUAAAGAUUUAUUUAUCAUUUUGUACAAUUCGGUAUUGCAAAAUCUGUAAUUUGCAUAUGUCUCAGAUGUCGCUAGUAACAGGAGUUAUUGUGUACGAAUAUAUUAUGUGAAUUAAAACAUGUAUGCAUGUACCUAAAGUAAAAUAUAAAGUAAAAUAUGAAACUUACUGAAAUAUUGUAAAUACUAGGAGAUAAAAAUAAAAAACUAUAUUUUAUAUUAUACGAGCAAAUUUACAAAAAAUAAAUAACAAUUUAAGCUAUCAUAGAGGUUAAUAGAACAAAUUACAAUAGUAUAACCACUGUAAUAAAAUUAACGUACCUAGAAACUUUAAAAUCUAGGGACAUUAAUGGUAAUUUAUAAUCGUAAUUUUGCAAAUUUCAAAUAAAUGCUUGAUACGUGAUAAAUUAUUUGGUAAUUGUUCUAAUUCUAAAGCGGUCACAUGUCUAUACACGUGUGAAACGAUAAGCGUAUAAUUAAGAAACAGUUUCGUUGGUAGUCAUAACAUUUAUAAGGACAAACGGGUCUUUUUUAAUUACAAAAAUGAAACAUUACUGGUACAAUGAUUCAUUUUCUUUGACAAGUGAAAUCAUUAAAAAAUAACGAAAUGAAACAGAAAGAAACAGUUAUUUAUUUAUUUUAUUAACAUUAAAUCUUUAAACAAGAUAUUUCCAACGAUAUAUAAAUUAUUCACCUAUAGGACUGUAGAAGUUAGUUGUUUAAUCAAUUUCUUUUAAACUUAUUAUCACAUCGUAAUAUAAGAUAUAGUUGCAAUCGUGUUGAAUGAAAAAUGGCUGCAAACGUAAAAACAGAAAUGCGAAUUCCUACACGAUCUGCCCCUCGUCCACCAAUUAAUCAAAAUUCGACGGCACAAAGAAACAUUAUUUGGAAUAGCACAAACAAUGUUUUCGGAUCUUCGUUAAUGCAACAACCUAUCCAGAAGAAAAAGCCACCACCUCGGCCACCACCGCCAAAAUUUAAUCAAAAUUACUCGCAAACACAAAAGGAAAAGUUAAAAAAACCAGUAAGACCUACAGAACUUUUGAAUAAUCUUUUCGGAAGAAAGAAAAGCGAACAUUCAAGCAUAACACAGUUAAAUAGUCAGACAAUACACAAUACAAUAUUACAAUCAGAAAACACAAAUGGACCAAUUUGUCUAAUAGAUUUUAGUCCACCUGGAUCUCCAACAUUUACGACUCGAUCAAGUAGUGACGGUGUUAGCAUUGAUAGCUUUGGCAGUGAUGGAAACUCAAAUCCAUCUGCGUUUACAAGUAGCGGGAACACAUCUCAAACAGAAAGUGCCUUUGAAGAUGAUUUUGAUUUUUUUGGAAUAUCUAAUAGAAAAACAUCACAAAAUGAUCCAUGGAAAAUUAAUUCAAUAACAGAUCCAUUUGGACCAUUGGAAAUAACUAAUCAUAAUACAUUACAAUCUGUAAAACAUGUGGGGGAUGCAAGCUUUUUUGCUUUUAAUGCAAAUAAUCAUACAAAUAACCAAGCAUCUUUCAAUCAAACAUCUUUGAAAAGUACUCAAUCAAUGCCAACUAUAAUUCGCGCGAAACCACCCAAACCCCCAGCUCCAAAAGUUUUACAAACGAAAAUACAGCAAAAGAUUAAUAACAUCGAAAUUGACUCAAGAUGUUCAAACAAAAUAGUGCCUUCUGCUAAACCAAUGACAUUAGAUUUAUCUAAUUCAUGGCAAAAUGAUUCUAAAGAUAACCCUUCACCUCCGAUGCCCACAAUACCACCACCUGCACCACCUCUGGAAUAUUUAGCGGAAAUAAAUAACGAUCUUUCAGUCAGCAAUGAAGAACCUUACGGCAUUGCCCUAUAUGAUUUUCCAUUAAUACAUGCGGACGAUUUGCCUUUCAAGCAAGGUGAUAUAAUAUAUUUAAUUAGAAAAAUUAAUGAAGAUUGGAUGGAGGGUAGAGUAGGAAAUCAACAAGGAAUAUUUCCUAUUAAUUUUAUUGAUAUAAAAGUACCAUUGCCUGGUGUCCCAGACAAUAUAGUUACCGCUAUCUACCCUUUUAAAGGUGAAACACCAGAAGAUUUAGUAUUUGAUGAAGGAGAAAAAAUUACAGUUUUAUCGAGGAUAUCACAAGAUUGGUUAUAUGGUGAGUGUAAAGAUCGAAAAGGACAAUUUCCGGUAAAUUACGUAAAUAGAAUCCCAUGUAAUCUUCCUUUACACGUGGAAAAUUAAUGUUUCGCAUGUUUUCUCAUAUUAUAAAUGGUUAUAUGUCAGUGAUUUCUAUAUUGCUAAUUUUAUUCUUACUAAUAUUUUUGUAAUGGUACUUUCAUGAAGCAGGGAAUGAAAAAUUUAGAAUAUAUUCAGUCAUAGAUACUAAAUGGAGACUAAAAUUUGUAGAAUUUCUAUUUACAACAAGACUGAAUUAUAUGCAAGUAUGCAUUGCCUUGUCAAAGAGAAAGAAAGAAUUUCAAGAACAUAUUUUUACUAGAUUUUUAAAUUGGAUUUUUGAAAAUGAAAGAUUUACAUUUUGAAACUUUUUACGAUCAAAAGAGUAGAGUAAUAUUACUUUUCAAUU